GCUUGUACAAUAGCAACCGCAUGGCAGUUAUUAUUACGUUACAUAAUGUGCUACUGAUGCUAUUGCCACUGCUAUACUACACUGUCAGUUACAAGUUGUUAUACAUCACACCAUACACGUAAAACAUUAAUGCUACUGCAAACACACAUAUCUAAAAUUACUGUUUAUUUAUUUAUUUUUUUACAAGUUUUUUUUUUUUUAUCAAACUUAAACUUGUAGUUAUUUGUUAUUUACUUGGUUUGCGUUUACACAUCAGUUUAACCUCGCAUAUAUAAAGACAAUAGACGUUACAUGUCGUGACGCAAUCAGUAUAGAUUUAUUUUUUCAACUAGCCCAAUAAUAAGCUUUGUAAUUGACUAUUGACUUUAUUGAAUCAUCUACAUAUAUAUGCUCACAAGCAAUAUGUAUAUACACGUAAUUCACAUCGAAUGACCACGUGUGGGGACGCUGAAGGAGAUUCUGAAGAAGCUGAUAAAGUCAACCAGAGUAAUGCAAAACAAGUAAGGUGGUGUAUAAACAAAUAUUGGGGAUAAAAUAGAAGAAAAAGAAGUGACAAAUUAAAUAAUCCCAAUCAGCAGCUUCAAUCAUUGGAACGGUUAGGAGUAAUAAUAAAUUGAAACUGCAUCGAACCGAACUGUGUACCGGAUUAUUGGAUGAAAGGAAGUGAUUGCCGGUGAUGGACAAUGAACAGCCACAUCAGGAGCUGGUCAAGUGCGUCGUUGUGGGAGAUACUGCAGUCGGCAAAACCAGGCUGAUAUGUGCACGAGCUUGCAACAAGCACGUUUCUCUUUCGCAAUUACUCACCACUCAUGUACCUACGGUCUGGGCCAUCGACCAGUACCGAAUAUACAAGGAUGUCCUUGAGCGCUCGUGGGAGGUUGUGGAUAAUGUAAAUGUUUCUCUUCGGCUUUGGGAUACCUUUGGAGAUCAUGAGAAAGACAGAAGAUUUGCUUAUGGAAGGUCGGAUGUCGUGUUACUGUGUUUCUCCAUUACAAAUCCAGUGUCCUUACGGAAUUGUAAGGCUAUGUGGUAUCCAGAGAUAAGACGGUUUUGUCCACAGACGCCAGUUAUUUUGGUUGGAUGUAAAAAUGAUCUGCGGUAUAUGUACAGAGAUGAAACAUAUCUCAGUUACUUUCGAGAUAAAAGCCCAUUUGUCAGAGCGACAAGAAAAAGUGACCUAGUGAUGCCAGACCAAGCACGAGCAGUUGCCAGAGAAUUGGGAGUUCAUUAUUAUGAGGCAAGCGUCUUCACGUAUUAUGGCGUGAAUGAAGUAUUUGAAAAUUCCAUUCGUGCCGCUCUUAUUGCUCGUAGACAGCAACGAUUUUGGAUGACAAAUUUAAAAAGAGUUCAGAGACCAUUGUUACAAGCACCAUUUUGUCCGCCCAAACCGAUACCACCAGAAGUACGUCUUGCUGCAAGCACUUAUGAAGAAAACAUGAAAACACUCUGGACACGUCCAGUACAUACUGACGUGACUCUCAUCGUUGGUACCUGCUCAUUUUCAGCACAUCGGUGUCUUUUAGCUGCUGCAUCACAAACAUUCUAUAAACUAUUUUCGAUGGAACUUUCUCAUGAGCUUACGCCAAGAAGUUCCAGCGAGUCAAGCAUGGUAAGCACCUUUGGUGAAGCUACUGUUGGGGAUUUUAAUGAUGAUACUGAGUGCCUCAUCAGAAUAGAUCAAGUCAAACCAGCCAAGGUAUGGGAACAAUUAAAAAGACGAUCAAGCUUUCAAGUAUUACCAACAAUGGAUCAAAGAAAAACGGCUGGCACAACUAGAGAAUUAAAUCAUCCUGCAUUUUCAAAUAUUCGUAUUACUUUAGCUGAAAAUACAAAUGGCAUUCAGCAGCCAAUAACUGUAGUUACACUGUCAAAGCUCAUUACUUCUCAAGCAAUGCAACAAUGUCUUCAAUUUAUAUAUACUGGAAGUUUAGAUAAACGUUAUCAUGAUUUACAAACAGCCCCUAUAGGAUUAUUGUUGGAAAUUAGACAAGCUGCUGAAUUUCUUGAACUGCCACAAUUACUCAUGGUUCUUCAGAGUAUUCAAUCAAGAUCACAAUUUAUUAAUAGUGAUCUCAAUAAUCAAUAUAAACAAGUUGUAAGACAGCGACUAGAAGAUAUUUGUUUAGAACAAGGAUUAUUUACAGAUGUUGCGUUCGAGUUAGAUGAUGGAAAUAUACCAGCACACAGAGCUAUCCUUACUGCAAGAUGUGAUAUGAUGAAAGCAAUGUUUUCUGGAGAUUUUCGUGAAAGUAGUGCUAAAGUUAUAGUAUUCCCUGGUGUACGAGAAUACACAUUCCAUAAAUUACUGUGCUAUUUCUAUACGGACAAAGUACCAGCAAUAUCUUCAGCACGGUGUUUAAAUCUUUUGGAAUUAGCAAAUAGAUUAUGUCUCCCGCGUCUUGUCAAUCUUGUAGAAAGUAGGGUUAUUGAAGAUUUAGAAAGGCUAUCGCAAAAUGAUGGCAAUGAGGCUGUGGAAAUUUGCCUCAGGUUACUAGAACCUUGUAAAUUACAUAAUGCUGAUCAGCUGGCUGAUUGGUGUAUGAAUCAUUUAUGUGUUAACUAUAAUAAACUUUGUAAAAUGUCACCAAGAAGUGUUAAACUUUUGCAUCCAGAAAAUCAAGAAUAUUUGAACGAGCAUCGUUGGCCACCAGUUUGGUAUCUAAAAGAUUACGACUAUUACCAGAAAUGUUUAGCUGAACAAAAUAAGGAAAAUAAACCAACAUUGAAGCGAAAUCGCAAUCAGUCAGGAUGCUUGUGUUUUUCUGGAUCAACCAAAACAAGAAAAGAAGAUAAUGUCCAAGAUAAAGCAACAGCUGAACGACCUCUCUUUGAAACAUCAAAUGAGUUAGGAGAAGUUGUAUGACAAGAACAAAGCGGCAUAAGCCGCUCAAUCAGAUUUAUUCUGAUAUUACCUGUACUAAUCGUAUUUAUCUGCACUAUUUUUACUAUUUUGAUACUGCUACAGAUUUAUACUUAAAUAUCUAAUAAUGCCAUUAAAAUGAAUAUGAUAAUAAUAAUAUAAUGAGAAUAUUGAUAAUAACAGUGAUAGUAUCAAUAAUUUUAAGUGUAAUAAUACUUGAAAAACAAGAAUGCUUAGGAGGAAUAAAAGAAUAACAGGCGAAAUUUGAUUGAAAGCGAUAAAUUAAUUAAUUGUCAACUAUUGCAUGCAUUGCAUUUAAAAUAUUGAAUAUUUUCUCUUUUUAUCUUAUUCAAGACUUGCAUAUUUUUGUCUUACUUUGUUUUAUUACUGCUCAUUUUUAAUCAUUUUUUUGUAUGUAAACAACUUUAUUCAAAUAUUUGGAAUAUGUGGGAGUAUUUAUACUAGUAAAGUAUCAACUUAUUGAUUAAUGAUGAAUUGACUAUGUGAAUUAAAUUUAGAAGCAUCCAAUGUAUAUAAAUUUAAUAUUAUAUUAUUGCAAAUUAUUGUCUAGUCACAUUAAUUAAUUAAUAAUGCGGUGAAUAAAUUUACAAUAAUUUUUCAAUACGUCUUUUACGUUGUUUUUGAAUUGAAAAUUUAUGUGUAUUUUAAGUGACUCUACCAAAAGUAUUAUUUUUCAGUAAUAAAAUCUAUAUAUGCAUAAAAUCAUUGACAAAUAUUUGGUAUUUUCGGAGAUGAUGAAAAAAAGUCAUAUCAAUAAUGAGUAGAAGAAAGAAUAUUAAGAAAUUUGAAUUAGAGUAGAUGAUGAAAUCCAACUAAAUGAAUGUUAAGAUAACAAAAUUUAGCAAAGAUGAAAAAAUUUUAUCACUGUCCAAUAUUUGAAAAAAUUGACGCAUGAAUACAUAUAACUUAAUCUAAGAUCAAUCGUUGAAUCAUUUAUUAUAUGUGAAUUUUUUAUUAUCAAUCAAAGUAUAUGUGUAUGUAUAUUUAAAGUAUAUGUACACAGAAAAAAUUUGUUAGAUAUUUUUUACAAACACAAAAAUUGUAAUUAACUACUGAUUAUGCAUCUAUUCGUCAACAUUACAAAGAAGCCAUAUCAUUUUAGCUUGAAGAAUUCAUGCAUUUAUUGUAUAUUUAUCGAAAAACAGCGAAAAAAUGAAUAAAUUUGUAGCUAAUAAGUAGAUAAAAAUAAGAAAAAAAGCAAUAACUUGAAAAGUAUUGUACACUUUUUCGGAUUCUAAAAUCUAAUUUUUCAGUGAAUUUUUUGCACACUUCAACAACACUGUUGUAUUUAUAUGUACUUAAAUAUAAAAAAUUCCAUUAUGUUUUAAAAAAAGAAAAUUGACAAUCUUAACAAAAAAAAAAUCAAGAAAUUUUUAAAGCUAAUAAUUCAUUAUUGGGUACUAUCUCAGGCAUAUGACAUACUGUAUAUAUGCUAAUGUUAUCAUAAACAUUCAAAAUAAUUACAAAAUAUUUAUCUUUUAUUUAAUCACAUAAAUAUACUGUAGUGUUUACUUCUAAGCAAUUGUAUCGUAUGAAAUGUUGUACAAGUGAAAAUAAUUUAUUAUUGAUAAAGCAUAAAAAUAUCGUUAUUUAUUAACGAAAAUCUAUAGCUAUGCUUUAUAAAUAAUUAAUAAUCAUUAAUAACUAUUUUCAUUGAUUCUUGAAAUCCAUUAUUAGAAAAAUAUUUUAAUUUCUUAAAAAAAAACAUAAUUAAUAUAUUUCACUGAUAAAUUUACCUUAUCAUUAACAGUAUUAAAUUAAAGUGGUGAUGCUAGAAAGCGAACUGCUUCUUUGAUUUCAUCAUAUAAAUCUUUGUAAUCUGGGUGUUCUUUAAUAAGUACCAUCAAACUGCCUCUUUUAACACCCAUUGCUGUGCCAAUGUCUUGUUUCGAUGGAACAUAACAAUAUGGUAUUUCUUUAUCUUCGCAGACAAUUGGCAAAUGGCACAUUAUUUCGAUAGGAUAGACAUCUCCAGCGAAUAUAACGAUUCUAGAAUCAAUAUUUAAUAAUAUGAUAAGCUAUGAAAAUAUUAUUAAACAUUUUGUAACUUAA